AUGGCCGACGUGAAACAGAACCCUCUCGGACCUGUGUUAGAUACUGAGCUCGCUGUCAUCACAGCGACUCAUCCGGACCCAUAUCUAGUCGCCUUCAAUGACCUCGACAGCGACAACCCCAAGAAUUGGCCGGAGCGACGCAAGUGGGCCGUCACGAAUGUCCUUUCAGUAACCGGGUUUAACCGCAUCCUUGUAUCAACAGUUAUGGCUCCUGCACUGUCCGUCAUCGCCAAAGACUUGGAUAUGACACCGACACAGUCAGUAAUGGCAUUGAGUAUCUACCUCUUGGCUACUGCCUUCGGGCCUCUUGUCAUUGGGCCUCUGUCUGAAGUUUACGGGCGCAAAACCAUCCUACACGUCUCUAACAUCUGGUUUCUUAUAUGGAAUGUCGCAUGUGGCUUUGCAAACACAAAAGAGUUGCUGAUCGGUGCAAGGUUCCUUGCUGGGUUUGGAGCCAGUGCUGUUUACGCCCUUGGAGGAGGCGUUCUAGGUGAUAUCUGGCGUCCAGAUCAGCGUGGAAAGUCACUCGGUUGGUAUAUGGUCAUUCCUUUGAUAGGUGCUGCAGUCGGUCCAAUCAUUGGAGGGUUUAUGACCUACAGAGUCACCUGGAGAUGGAUGUUCUGGUCAACCUCUUUGUUCCAAGUAGCAAUGGCCGCUCUGUCAUUCACUACUUUCCAAGAGACAUAUGCACCGGCAAUUCUAAGGCAACGAGCUCAGAGGUUACGCAGGGAAACUGGCGAGCCAUACUACACAUAUGCGGAUCGUACUCAAGAAGAGAUGCCUUUGACAAAGAUUCUUGGUCAAGCUAUGAGUCGUCCUCUGCGCCUACUAGCAUUCCAUCCAAUCAUCCAAGUCGCAGCUGUUAUCUCAGCCCUUAGCUAUGGCCUUCUAUACAUUGUACUAUCUAGCUUUGCAGAGCUCUGGGGGCAGCAUUACGGACAGUCUGUCGAAAUCAGUGGCUUACACUACAUCGCAUGCGCCCUUGGAGAACUUCUCGCAUCACAACUCGGCGCACCGCUUAUGGACUAUUGGUUCCACAAAAUUGAACGUCGCACAGGAGGUCAGCAUCUUCCAGAGCACAGAGUCCCCUUGAUGCUCAUGUUUGCUUUUGUGGCACCAAUCGGGUUCGUUGUCUACGGGUGGUGCGCUGAGUACCGAGUUCACUGGGCUUGGGUUGAUGUCGCCAUCUGUGUCACAAUGUUCGGUAUGCAAAUUGCGGGGAUGCCGUUGCAGGCAUAUCUUAUGGAUUCGUAUCCAGAUCAUACCUCUAGUGCCAUUGCAGCACAGCAGUUUCCACGCAGUUUGGCAGCUUUUCUGUUCCCGCUUUUUACACCCCAGAUGUAUUCUGCGCUGGGGUAUGGAUGGGGAAAUAGUGCUUUGGCUUUCGUCGAAUUGGCUCUAGCAAUAGCUGCACCGAUCAUGCUGUUGAAGUAUGGUGUCAGGUUGAGAGCACGAGCGACUUCGAGUCUGUGA